GAAAUGUAACAUGUAAAAAUUCGUCUAAUAUACAACUCUAUAGACUCACUUUAAUAUUUUAAUAUAUAUCAUGAUACUAACAAAAUAGGUGCGUACUGAACUAUCACCAAACCUACUUGCAACCGGCCAGUGAAAAACUCAUCGCUCCAUGUAAAAAAAAAUAUAUUUGCACCUAUUAGUGAAUUAACCAGAGUAUUCAACCAUGAAGAAGAGUAGAAAGGGUGCGACUCGAGCUGCAGCUCAGCUCUUAGAAUCAUCGGUAUCGCCUAUUUUGGACUUGACGUAUGAAGAUCCCUUGUUCACAUUUGCUUUACAUCCUUCAAAGCCAAUAAUAGUUUCUGGAUUGGCUACAGGGCAUGUGUUCUGUGAUACAUAUAAUGCUGAAGAAUUAGAAAGACUUCAGAAACUGAAACGAGAUGAGAUUGAGAGUCGAGGUAGUGUGACUUUCAAAGAUAACAAGAUAUAUAAGACUACUAAAUCUAUUUCUCAACUGAAGAAUAAAUGGUGGGUAGUUAAAGGCAAUAAUGAAGAAGAUACAACUGGUAAUGUUGUGAGGAAUUGGUCAACCAAAAGACAUAAAGGAUCAUGUAGACAUAUUAUCUUUGAACCAAUUCAAUUAGCUGAUUCAACAGGUGAAUAUAUUUAUUCAAUAGGAACGGAUAAUAUAAUUAAGAAAGCUCAAGUAUCAAAUGGGAAAGUUAUUGCUAAGAUUGAUGUAACUAAGGACUUUAAUACACCUGAUGAUCAUAUUAAUAAACUUUGUCAUUCUACUACUCAUCCUUUCUUAAUAGCAGGAACUGAAUCGGGACAUAUCUUAGUAUAUGAUACUAAGUCUAAUGGAUUACGUAGAUCUGAGCAUAAGAUCUUUAAGGCUAAUGAUGAUCAAAUUAAUCAAAUCUUACCCAUGCCUGAAGUAUCCGCCUAUCACUAUCUUACUGUAGGAUCUACUACUUUAAGUCAUAUAGAUAUUAGAAAGGGAAUUGUAACUCAAUCAGAAAAUCAAGAAGAUGAAUUAUUAUCUAUGUGUUAUCCUUCUAAUGAUACAAAGAAUGAUGAAGUAUUAGUCGGUCAUGGAGAAGGUAUAGUUACUAUAUGGAAAAAGUCAAAGAAUAAUUUUACUGAUCAGUUAACAAGAAUUAAGAUUAAUAAAGAAACUUCAAUUGAAUCUAUGGUUCCUACCUAUAACCAAGAUGAUGAUGAUCUUGCCAACUCUGUAUGGUGUGGAGACGCAGAAGGUAUGUUACAUCGUAUUAACUAUAAAAAGGGGAAAAUAUCCGAAGUGAGAGUUCACUCCAGUGGAUUUGGUUUAGGAGACGAGGUUGAAGGUUUGGAUAUAGACUUUGAAUAUCGAUUGGUAAGUGCCAGUAUGGGGAACUUGAGAAUAUGGUCAACUGAAGAUAUUGAGGAAGGAGAUGCAGAGGAUGAGAGUGAGGAAGAUGACGAGGAUAACGAAGACGAAGAGAACGAUGAAGAAGGUGAAGGUGAAGGUGAAGGUGACAGUGAUGAUUCUAGUGCCAGUGAACUGGAUUUAGAUUUAAGUGACAUGAGUGAUUUGAGUGAAUCUGGUUCAAGUGUAGAGGAGGAAGAAGAUGAUGAAGAUAAAGAAGAUAAUGAUGAAGAUAAGGAAGUUGGUGCCGAUAAAGACGAUGAAGAAGAAGAAGAAGAAGAAGAAGAAGAAGAAGAAGAAGAAGAGACCCAACAAUCACAGCCUGUCAUAGUCAGAAAGAAAAGAAGAGAUAUCGGUCAAAUCUUAAACCCAAGUAAGAAGAAGAAGCUCGUCGAUUUGAAUAAAGCUGCGAAACCCGACCACCACAAUGAUAACGAAAACGAUACCGAUUCCGACUCUGAACCUCAACCUCCUCCCACCAAAAAGUCGAAACUCGACAAGAUUUCCGCCAAGCAGUUAAAGAACAUGCAAAAGCAUGAACACGGAAUUAGACGUUUCGAAGGUUUGUAAAAUAUUAAUAAAAUACUACUUAGAUAUAUAUAGAUAGGCAUCGCCAAAUCCGGGACGACAUUUUUUCGUUAUCGCAUAUGUAAAUUUUCA